ACUACCACCACGACAAUUAACAACUUCUUGUUCUGAAGAAUAUGGUGUGUAUGGUAGAGAUAUUGAUAAGGAGGAGAUAUUUAAGAAGUUGCAAUUAGAUAAUGCAAAUGGUGAUGAGAUAUGUGUUGUUCCUAUAGUGGGCAUGGGUGGGGUUGGUAAAACAACCCUUGCUCGGCUUGUAUAUAAUGACAACCGAGUAAAGGAGAAUUUUGAUCUCAAAGCAUGGGUUUGUGUUUCAGACACAUUUGAUAGUUUUAGAAUAGCAAAAACUAUUCUUGAAGAGAUCACUUUGUCUAACUGUGACAUUCAUAGCUUGAAUUUGUUACAAAUUAGAAUAAGAGAGAGCUUAAAGGGAAAGAAGUUUCUCCUUGUUUUAGAUGAUGUUUGGAAUGAGGAAUAUAUUGCUUGGGAUAAGUUAGUUACAAUGCUUAGAUGUGGGGCAAAAGAGAUCAAAAUCAUUAUUACAACACGUAGUGAAAAUGUUGCGACAAUUGUGCAGCCUAUUUCAAUUCAUCAUCUAAUGCAAUUGUCUGAUGAAGAAUGCUGGUUGUUAUUUGCAAAGCAUGCAUUUAAGAAUGGAGAAUUGAAUUUAGAUAAAGAACUAGUUGGUAGAAAAAUUGUUUGUAAGUGUAAAGGUUUGCCUUUAGCUGCAAAAGCAGUUGGGGGUAUGUUGCAAUCUAAACAAGACCUAAGAGAGUGGAAUCAUAUUUUGGAGAGUGAUAUAUGGGAUCUACCAGGAGGUGAAAGUAGUAUCCUUCCAGCUCUAAGAUUGAGCUACAACUACCUCCCAUCACAUUUGAAACGAUGCUUUACUUAUUGCUCAAUCUUUCCAAAGGAUUUUGAAUUUUCAAAGGAGGAGUUAGUCUUGUUGUGGAUGGCAGAAGAUUUAUUGUUGAAACCCAAGGGAAAUGGAAGCAUGGAAGAAAUAGGUGAACAAUACUUUGAUGAGCUAAUAACGAGAUCAUUUUUUCAACGAUCAAAUAAUGAUGAACUAUGUUUCAUAAUGCAUGACCUUUUUAAUGACUUAGCAAAAUUUAUAUCUGGAGAAUUUUGUUUUAGGUUGGAGAUUGAUAACUCACUUGAAAUUACAAAAAAGAUGCGUCAUUUGUCAUAUUUUCCAACUAAAUUUGUUGUCCCUAAGAAAUUUAAGGAGUCUUAUGAAGCUAAGAAUUUGCGAACAUUCUUGGGACUAAAAUCGCCAUCUACGUCAAAUUUCAGGAUUAAUUUUAUAUCAACAAUGGAGAUAAAUGAUUUGUUAUGCACAUUUAAGUGUUUACGAGUAUUAUCAUUGUCUCUCUACAUAUUAAUAAAUGUGUUGCCCGAUUCUGUUGGAAAUUUGAAACACCUUCGCUAUUUGAAUCUUAAUGGCACCUUUAUCAAAGGCUUGCCUGAUUCUGUGUGUGGUUUGUAUAAUUUGCAAACCUUGUUAUUGAGGAAUUGUUGUUCCCUCGUAGAGUUGCCAACCAACAUGGGAAGACUCGUAAACUUACGUCACCUAGAUAUAAGAGGGACCCCUUUGAAAGGGAUGCCAAUGCACAUGGGUAAAUUAAGAAGCCUCCAAAAUUUAAGUGCUUUUUGUGUGGGAAAAGAAAAACAAAGUGGGAGUAGCAUUAAAGAGUUAGGAGAGAUUCCACAUCUUUCUGGAUCAUUGUGUAUAUCAAACUUGGAAAACGUUUAUCAAACAAGAGAUGCAAAGGAGGUUAAUUUGAAGGAUAAGAAGGGCUUGUCAGAGUUGAAGUUGAAAUGGGGAAGCGGUCAUGAGAACUAUGAUUCAGAACAAGAAAGAGAAGUGCUUGAGCAGUUGUGUCCUCAUACGAACUUGAAAUCUCUCUCCAUCAUAUCUUAUUAUGGUGCAGAAUAUCCAAGUUGGUUAGGAGCAUGUUCAUUCUCUAAUAUGGUGUCCCUAAAGCUUGACGAUUGUAGAUACUGUUCCUCCUUGCCUCCACUUGGGCAGCUACUUGCCCUUAAGGAACUCUCAAUUGAAGGUUUGGGCAGAGUAUCAUGUGUGGAUAGUGAGUUCUACGGGGAUGGCUCUUGGGCAACUAAUAAGCCAUUCGAAUCCCUAGAAAAAUUAACAUUUAAAUGGAUGCCAGAGUGGAAGGAAUGGUUUAUAUUUGAAGGCGGAGUUUUCCCAACCCUCCGAGAGCUUCGCAUUAUCGGAUGUCCCAAGCUUACAGGAAAUCUGCCCAGUUUACUUCCUUCUUUAAGUGUAAUUGAAAUUAGAUAUUGUCCCCAGCUUGUUGCUUCACUUCCUAGUCCUUCGGCUCUACAUGAAUUGGCCUUGAUGAAUUGUGAUAAGGUGGCGUUGAAGGAAUUAUCACCUAAGCUGCAAAGUCUCGCAGUUGGAGGUUGCCAUGCGUCUCUCCCCGAAGGUGGUCUACCCACUACUUUAAAAACACUCCAAAUCAAUGGAGUGCUUCAGUUGCCAUGGAGCCGUCACUAUCCAUCAGUUGAGAGCUUGAACGUAGAGAGAGGUCCUGGUUCACUUUGGUCUUUACCAUUAGAGUUUUUCCCAAAACUCAAAUCUGUCGAAAUUAGGUAUUCUGAUAAUCUUGAAUCUCUUUCGGCAUCAGAUAAAUCUCUCUUGGAUCUAACUUCUCUCACUAAAUUGACCAUCCAUUCCUGCCCUAAUUUUGUAUCCUUUCCCAUCGGGGGACUGUGCGCCCCAAAUUUGACACAGAUUUCUAUUGCUGGCUGUAAAAAGUUAAAGUCACUUGCUGAAUGUAUGCACACCCUCCUCCCAUCUCUUAUAUAUUUGAAUUUGUGGGACUGUCCAGAACUGGAAUCAUUUCCUGAAGGGGGUUUGCCCUCCAAUUUACAAAUGCUUGAAAUCGUGUUGUGCGAGAAACUCUUUCUCAGACGCAUGGAGUGGGGUUUACAGAGUCUUCACUCUCUCAGAGAAAUUAUAAUUCGGUAUUACGGCAGAGAAGUGGGUUCCUUUACAGAGGAGGCGUUGUUGCCCCCUUCUCUUAUCCGCCUCGACAUUUCAUUUCCACAUCUGACAUCACUCAAUGGCAAGGGAUUUCAACACCUUACCUUGCUUAAACAGUUGGAGAUUUUGAACUGCGAUAACCUCCAGCGCUUACCAGAAGAGGGCUUUCCCGCCUCCCUUUCUAUUCUAGAUAUUUAUAAGUGCCCUUUGCUAAAAAAGCGGUAUCGGAGAAAGAAUGGAAAAGAAUGGCGCAAAAUUUCUCAUAUCCCCAUCAUAAGGAUUGACCGUGUAGUCAUCACAUAAUAUUACAGUUUGGGUGCCUGCAGCCAGCCUACCCAACCUCCCUCUGCACGGACCACACCCAAUACUUCCUCUGCAGGUUGGCCUUGAGGGCUUGUGUUUACUUUUUUUCCAGACAAGACUUCCAAGAGCAAUGGCAAGAAUGACCACAGGUGGUCCUCAUUUUUAGCACUGAAAUUUGAUUAAAAGAACAUGUCCUCCAAGCUAAUCAAGACUUGUUGUUUGCUUGGUGAGAGAAGUAAGGUUAGGAAAUUCAGGAGAAAAGGUAUUGUUAAUGGAGUACUAACAGUGGCAGCACUCCAAACUAACCAGGAUGGGAGUCAUUAUGAACCACAGGGUUGUGCAUUUAUAAUAUCUUUGGUAGAUCUUGAUAAAAAUUCUCUCAACAACUUUGGGGCUUUUGACCAUGAUCUUCAUAAAUAGAGAAUGAAUCUCCAAUUUUGGACAUGCACGACUAUCCAAUCAAACCAAGAACAUCGAUUCUCUCUCAUUCAUGAAAUCUGCCCAGUUUACUUCCUUCUUUAAGUGUUAUUGAAAUUAGAUAUUGUCCCCAGCUUGUUGCUUCACUUCCUAGUCCUUCGGCUCUUCAUGAAUUGGCCUUGAUGAAUUGUCCAGAACUGGAAUCAUUUCCUGAAGGGGGUUUGCCCUGCAAUUUACAAAUGCUUGAAAUCGUGUCGUGCGAGAAACUCUUUCUCAGAGUCUUCACUCUCUCAGAGAAAUUAUAAUUCGGUAUUACGGCAGAGAAGUGGGUUCCUUUCCGGAGGAGGCGUUGUUGCCCCCUUCUCUUAUCCGCCUCGACAUUUCAUUUCCACAUCUGACAUCACUCAAUGGCAUGGGAUUUCAACACCAAUUGGCACACUCAUGUCAUUACCAGCAAUUAUUAAUAUUCUUUUUAAAGCUAGAGAUGCUCUGUGGUUGUUAGGUUUUCAGACACAAAAUGUGUGAAUGUUGAGGCCUCAGACAAUAGUAUACAAAACCAAGUAAGCCUCCUGCAAUCAAAACUUCCAGAUUGCUAAAUUACAUCCGAUGAGCUGCAAUGACAUCUGUCCUGUUAGCAUGUUCUGUUUACUUCAUAUUUGGACUGUAUAUACAGUGGUGUAAUGUUGUGAAAUGCAGAAUGAUGCCUCAUAGUCCAAUUUCAGCUUUUCGAUUUGACUGAAAACAUAGCUUUUAUGAAUUUAUAGAUAUCAAUUGUGACCCACGCCCCUGUUUUAUAGUCAGGACUGGCUGAGGAAUGGUGCGACAAUCACUUUCUGCCUUGAGCUCAAGUACUUGUUAUCUAGAGAGAUGGGCUGCGACACUGAGGAUUGAUGAGUAGUCUCCUUUGUUGAAGGAACAGUGCUGCGAUGAGAAGAGGGGAAAAGAAUGGAGCAAGAUUGCUCACUUCACCAUCAUAUUAAUCGAUGAUGAUCAUAUGAAACUGAAAGUGUAGACAAAGUCCUCAUCACCUGUUUUCUUCAUUCACAUGCAGCAACAUAAUAUUACAGUUUGAAAUAGCAAUUUAUUGACCAGUCCUAGGAAGAGGCAUUAAUGUGGUCCAUUGCAGAAUAAGCUUGUUCAUUAUUUAGACAAUUAUUUAACUUGGCACCCUGGGAAUUUCAAAUGAUUAAUACUGACUACCAGCAAUUGCUGUUUGACUUUUAUAAUGUUCAUGGGAUUAGCAUGAGGAGGUAGGGAUGGCUAUAUUUCUAGGAGCGAAUUGCAGGCAAAUCUUAAGUUCAUGGAUACAUGUUAUGCCUUGGAAUGAAAGACAAUUCCAAAUCUGCUUUGAUUUUUGUUAUUCUCUUUACUUUUCUUUCUUAAUUUAUUUUCAAGGGGUGCUGCACUAUUCUACAUGUUUUCAAACAACAAUAUGCUGUCAAUAGUCGUAUGAGAUUUCAGUUUGUGAUUUUGAAAAUUAUUACCUUGCUUUAAAUUCCAGGGUGCCUGCAGCCAGCCUACCCAACCUCCCUCUGCACGGACCACACCCAAUACUUCCUCUGCAGGUUGGCCUUGAGGGCUUGUGUUUACUUUUUUUCCAGACAAGACUUCCAAGGGCAAUGGCAAGAAUGACCACAGGUGGUCCUCAUUUUUAGCACUGAAAUUUGAUUAAAAGAACAUGUCCUCCAAGCUAAUCAAGACUUGUUGUUUGCUUGGUGAGAGAAGUAAGGUUAGUAAAUUCAGGAGAAAAGGUACUGUUAAUGGAGUACUAACAGUGGCAGCACUCCAAACUAACCAGAACUGUGGCCAAACUCUGAUCCAAGUUUCCUCAACAAUUUUGUAGCUUUUGACAAUGAUCUUAUUGACUCAUUAUUCCAGUGCCACCUAAGGCUCCGCCAAGUCCAUUACUGACAUGGUAUGAUCCGAAUGCUCGACGCAAAUACCAUAUUCAAGGAAGGGGACAUUGGACUUAUGGUUGCUAUUACCUUAAAUAUAAGAUUCUGGACCUCAUCGACCAAGACCUCUCGAGUCUGUAUGCUAGUCUCAUCAGUCGUCUGGAAAGAGGGGAUGCAUAUAGUUGCUGCAAGACCACUCACACAGUACCAAAGACUAUGACAUGGUCGAUAUUGAGAGCUAUGGCUAGUUAACCCUAUCUCCAAUACCUUCUACCAUUCACAAAACUGUAGGCUUGCUACAUCAAAUGAAUGUUAUAGUCAGACCCACUACAUGCAAGGAGUAUAAUGCUGUUACGCAACCAAGUUGUUUAUCAAAUACAGAAUUUCAUCUUACAGCCAGAUGCAACAAACUCAUUGUGAUGGGCUCGCAAAGGCUUUAUUUGACAUUUUGAAAUUGGUGGCGGACGUGAAGAUGAGAAGUUAUCUCUUGGGAACAUAGUGCUAUUUUUUGGUUUUUCGCUUCAACUCUAGAUGGCCCAAACGACUCAGCACUCUUGAUGUCGUUGCUGUCCUCACUAGCAGAAGCUUCCCAAUUCCCUUUUGUACCUCGAGAACUUUAUAUUGUCCUAUGCCGAUGCCAUGGUGCCUGAAAUAGAGAAAGAUGGAAAAUCUGGCUACUACCACAAAAAUGCUCAAGUCCUGUUCCUUGAAGGAUCAAAGUCAAUCUUGAGGCUCUCCCAUAUCAGUACUAGACUAAUAGGUUUUCCCCCAACAAGAAGGUGCUUUGUGGUUGUCAGCUUUGUUCAAUUAAUUAUGUUUCUUUGUAUAAGAUUUUGACUUCCAACCAAUGAUUAUUUUUAAAAUAUUUGCAAACUCUUUCACAGGUUUCAGACAUAAAAUGUGGAACAUAUUUGCAGCUUCUAACAACAGUAUAAUAGGCAAUUGCUCCACAUGAUUCAAUUUACUCACCUAAUCCAAAAAUAUCCCUUGAUGCUAUCAUGUAUUCAACUUAUUUCUAGUACUAAUUAAGUUCCAUAUGUUAUGGUAUCUAUAUUGUGCUCA